CAGAGCAUGAACGCACCCCAACGAGCUAGUCGCUGUUGCGAAAGACCAGCGCUGACCUCGAUCACAACGCAACAUCGCAAAGUCAGCUCCAACCUGGCACCGUGAGCAUUCACACAGCUAAUUAGCAUGUCUUAGGCCUCAAGCCCACCCAGGGCGCCCUCGCUGCAUUGCCACUCCGAAGUGCUGAGCGACUGCGACUCGGAGCUCAGCGAGGCCUCGCCCAGCCUGCUGAGGGACCUCCAUGACUGGGACAGCGAGGAAGAAGACUGGCAGCAAGAGGCCACCUCGCGCCUGGUCGAUGACGCGAAGCUGGGCUCCUCUGCAUGGCAGGCGCGGCGAGCAGCAAGCUAAGCGACGACGCCAGCGGGGGCGACACCUGGGAGGACGCGCAGGAGGCGUGGGGCAUGGAGCAGAAGCAGGCGGCAGGGGCGGCGGCAGGGGAGGAGGAGGAGGAAGCGGAGGAGGGGGAAGCGGAGGAGGAGGAGGACGACGGCGGGUUUGGCGAACUCCUGCAGGGCGCCCUGCACGCCGCUGGCGGGCCGGCGCAGCUGCCGACACUGCAGUCGUACGAAGCGACGAACCCGGCGGCAGCGUGGUCGGUGCUUCCCACGGCGGUGCGGUGGCCGGCAUGGUGACGGCCAGCAGUACUCGCGAGGCGCACCCUGGAGGCGCCGGUGGCAGUGGAGGUGUUGGCGUCUUCCACGGCGGCUUUGAGGCGGCGGCGGCGGCGGCUGGUGGCGCGGCGGCGGCUGGUGGCGCGGCGGCGGCUGGUGGUGUGCAAAUGCAUGGGGUGGUUAAGGCUUGUCUGGAAGGACAAGGAAGCAGCAGGAAGCGGACCCCAACCCCAACUCGGCGCUGGGAUUGGCAGAUGGGGCCUAAGCGAUGGGCCCAUCGGGCCCGGUUCAACAGUUUGGCCAGCGUGACGUGGCAUCCGUGCCUUCCCCUCGCAGCUAAUGGAGGUGCUAACGAGCUGCGGGGUACAUGGGCUGGUGGUGUAUGCCAGUAAGUGCUUGCGGUCUGUGAACGCCUAGGCUUGGGCUUUGUGCCUCAUGGUAGGUGUUACAGUUACAGUAAUAAGAUAUGGGGGGGAUUAGGUGUGCGAGAUUGAGCUGUGCGGCGGUGCCGGACCUGCCCAACAUUCAACAUCUGGAGUUUGUCAACUCCUUAACUGGCUGUCGGCAUUUUGUGGGUUGCCGCGGCCUUCGCAACUGGAUA